AUGACAGAUCGCUUAAGCAGAAGACAAAUGAGGAAGUAGUGCUGGUUCCAUCAAACUUGUCACUAUGCGGGCGCCAGGGCUUUUAGCCCGUGGCGGCCCGAACUUGAUCUGUCAUCAAGCAUCUGCGGCUGUGGAUGUGCUAUGUCCGGGCAUAGCCGCUGUGGCUGUGGAUGGAAGUGGUGCACAUCACGCCGAGACCCGCUCGGCAGAGGCGCUGCGGCUAAACUUCACCUACAGCUAUGUGGAGUUGCAGACAUGCUGCGUAGCAUCUCAGCGGGCGCCUCCACUGGGCAGGACUAACGAUGCCGUGGUGCCCCACAACACUGUAACCAGCGACAGCUUUCUCAGCGCUUCUUCGACUGGCAGCGGCUCUGCGUCAACUUCUUAUGAACGCGACGCGCGAAGCGGCCGGGCGACUGGAGUUCUUGCGCAAGCCUCGCGAAGCGCGGGGGUCGGCGUUGCGCAGCUGCGCGCCUUACACACGGCGUCGGGCCCUCCAGCCACCACGCGGGCCUCCGCCUCGGCAGCCGCCCCCAUCCAACACCACCACACCACAUCGCUGCAAAGCUCCUUAGCUUCUUCACACCAUCGGCGCGAGGUCUUGGGCAUGUCUAGCUUCGGGGGCCAAUAUGCCGCCUGCGGCGCCAGCCGCGCCCAGCUGCACUCCUCCGCCUCCCCAUCCGGUGCGCAGCCGGAGCUAGCGCGUGAGGCCGCGGAAGCCGCCAGCCACUCCCGCCUAAGCACCCACGGCUACAACCACCGCAGUAGUAGUGCAGCCGGCGCCAGCAGUAGCAGCGGCGCAGGCCGUGUCGCGGCGGGCGGGGUGACGGGCAGCAGCAGCAGCGGCGGCGCCCUCCGUGGCGCCGGCAGUAGCAGCAGCGUCAGCGGCAGUAGCAGUGCCAGCAGUAGUGGCGGGGACGGGCGGGCGGUGCCGGACUCCCAGUACCUUGCCUCGCUGUUCGGGGGCGAGGGCGAGCUCGCGACCCACCACGCAGCCGACGAGGCCGCCGAGGUCGCCGAGGCCGCUGGCCGCAUCAACACGGCCACGGGCACGGCUGCACGGGAGCUCAGCCCGCCGCCACAGGCCGGCCACCCCGCCUCCGCCUCCGCCGCCGCCUCCCGCUCCCACGCCGCAUCCCCCGAUGCCGCCUCGGGCCUGAGCCAGGAGGUCCUGGUGGACCAGCUGGUGGGGCGACACCUGCGGCGCCCCUUCCUGGACACCGCCCCCGGCGCCCACCGCACUCACCCACACGCCGGCACACAGCCCUCGCCGCACCCAGCGACCGCCCGCCUAGGCCAGGCGCUGCCGGCGGCGCAGGGCGGGCAGCCGCAGUGGCCGGCGGCGCCGCCGCCGCCUCCCGCGGCCACGCGGGACCAGGCCUCCCUCCGUGACCUGGUGCUGCCGCGCUCCCGGCAGGGCAGCACGCCGCACCCUGUACGGCCCGGGCUGCAACACGUGGCCGCCUUGUCGCGGCUGACGCAGCGGCUGCCGCAAGUGGCGGCGGCGGCGGCGGCGGCGGCGAGCCAGCAGGCCAUGCUGCGGCCGGACGGGAUGCGGCAGCAGCAGCAGCAGCAGCAGCAGCAGCAGCAGCGGCCCAAGGAGCCGGCAGCGCCGCCGGGGGCGGUAGCGGAGACAGUAGAGCAGGCGGCGGCGGGCCCUGUGGUGGUGGUGCCGACGAUGCCGGGUGCAGCGGUUGCUGCGCCCGUUCCGGCAGCGCUGCAGCCGGCGAUGGCGGCUGUGCCAGUGCCGCUGCAGCCGGCCGCGGCGGAGCACCCUGCAGCGGCAGAGCUGCCUGCGGUGCUACAGCAGCAGCCGCCAGUGCUACAGCAGCAGCAGCCAGUGCUACAGCAGCUGGCUGAGCAGAUGUCUGUGGCGUCUCUGGCGGAUGCGGCGGCGGCGGCGGUGACGCCUUCAGUGGCGCCACACGGGGCGGAGGCGGUGCCGCCGGAGGCGGCGGCAGGGCGCGCCGACCCGGCAGUAGCGCCAGCGCUAGACAGCGAGCGGCAGGCAGGCACGGCGCAAAAGACGCCACCGCUCAGUCCACCGCCGGCAGCGGCGGCGGCGGGGACAGCGGCAUCGGGUUCCGGCGGGGCGUUCGACAUGUACCCCCAGACCAGCUUUUCAGCAAGCUACCAGAGCCCUGCUCCCCAGGUCAGCCCGCCGGAUGCCAUGCUGCCGGCGGCGGUGGCGGCGGCGCCCAAGCUCAGCGGCCUCGCGCAGCGGCUACUGAACAACGCCGCGCCACCGCAGCACGCGCAGCAGGGGCAGUGGGAGGCGGUGGCGGCGCCGGCGCCGCCGACGGCGCUGCGGUCAGGCGGCAGGGCAUUGCCGACCGCGGGCUCCUCCUCCGUCACCUGGCUGCUUGGGUCCAUCGAGGAAAUGAGGGCGCUUGCGGAGAAGCGCGCAGCGGAGCAGAAGCUCGCGUCGGCCGAGGCCGAGCCGGCGGCGGCGGCGGCGGCGGCUGGUGGGCGGGCGGUUACGGUUGCGGCCGCGAGCCAGUACGACGACCAACUGCUGUACAGCCUGAGCCGCCGGCACGCGGAGGCGCUUCGGCGGCAGAAUUAUGAGGAGCGGCGGCGGCAGGAGCAGCAGCGGCAGCUGCGGCUGGAGCGGAUGCGGGAGCAGGCUGUAGCAACUGGCGGCGCCGCAGCGGCGAACAUGGCAGCAGCGGCGACGGCGGCGGCGGCUGGGCAGGCAAGGCUGGCCGCUGAGGUGGCGGCGGCGGCGGCAGCGUCCGACCCUGCAGCCGCGUUGGCGGCGGCGCGGCAAGCGGCGGCGGCGCUGGCGGCGGAGGCGGAGGUGGCGGUCGGUGCUGGUCCCAGCGUGGCUGUAGCAACCGCCCCGCAGACAUCGGGUACAGUAUUGCAUUCGACCGCGGCAGUAGCACAGGCCGGCGCCCAGCCCUCUGAGCCGGCAUUGGCGGCGCAGCCGCAGCAGCAGACGACGACGACGACGACGACAGCUGCUCCUGCUACUGCCACCCCCACCUCUCCUGCUGCUGCCGAGGGGGCGGCUGAGGCUGCUGCAGCCGGCCGCUACUGCGACUCGCAGCUGACUCAUGCGCCGCCGGAUGACGAGCCGUAUCUGGGCGACCGCGAUGCGGCGCAGGCGCAGGCGUUGAAGCAGCGGCGCAACAGCCUUUUGGGCUGGGCCAUGGCAAGCCUGGAGACGCUAAGGUCGUGGCGCCCCUCCAGUGGCCUGUUCAGCGGCAGUAGCAGUAGCAGCGGCAGUAGCAGGCCCGCUACGGAAACAGCUUCUACAGCCGUCGGCACGGAUGCGCCAUCCGCUGCCGCCGCCGCGGCACCGGUGUCGGCGCCGGCUGCUGCUGCCGCUCCCGAGGUGGCGGCUGGCGUCACUGCGUCCGAGCUACAGCCGUCGCAUGCGCAGCUACAGCCACAGCCACAGGCGCAGCUACAGCCGGACCCGGUGUAUGAUGAGCUGAUGGCGUCACUGAAGGCUGCCAGCGGCCGUGGGAAGCAGGUGACGGCAGAGGCGGAGGCGGGCGCGGCCACUGCCGCUACUGCUGCUACUGCUGAGGCGGCGGCUGCGGCGGCAAAGGCCGAGGCGGUGGUGGCGGCGGAAGCCACGCCGGCGGGUGGAACUCUGGAGGCCGCGGCUGCAGCUGCGGAGGCUGCGGCUGUAGCUGCGGAGGCGGCCGCUGCGGCCGCGGCUGCAGCUGCGGAGCAGGCGCAGGUUGCGCUGACGGCGGCUGCCGGCGCCGCUGAGGCUCAGAUGGCCGCGGCUGCAGCGGCGGCGGCGGAGGCCGAGGCCGCAGCCGCAGCCCUCCAUUCCGCGGUGCCCGAUGCGGCGGCUGCAGCAGCUGCGGCGGCGGCGAAGCCGGCGGCGGGUAGCCUGAGUUUGCUGGACCUGAUCCGUAGCCCUGUGGCAGUGCAGGCGGUGACCAAGUUUGCCGAGGUGCGGGAGGCGGCGACGCGACGGCGGCAGGAGGGCGCGCGCGCGCGGGCGGAGGCGCGGGCCGCAGCGGCUGCGGCUGCGGCGGCGGCGGCGGCUGCAGAGGCGGCGGCGGGCGGGCGGGCGGUGGCGGCGGCCUCGCAGGAGAGCUUGGCGGCGCUGGCGUCCAAGGUUGCGGCAACCGCCGCGGCACAAUCACAGCAGCCGCAGCUGCAGCCCACCAGCGGUGUGGACGCCGGCGACAGCUACGGCUACGGCUAUGGCUACGGCAACGGCGGUUGGCGGCAGCAGCAAUGGCAGCAGCAUCAAGGUCAACAGCAGUGGCAGCCGCGCGGCAAGCCCUACCCAAUCAAGCCCGCCACCGACUGGGCCAAAGACAUGGCCAAGACCCUGGCGGGGUCCGGCCCGGCGGCGGCGGCUGGCGAGCUGGGCGGCUACACAGACGAGGUGGCGGCGGCGCUGCAGGCCGAGCUGCAGGAGCGCGGCGGCGGCGGGGCGGCAGGGGCGGCGGCGUUUGGGGAGGAGGCGGAGGCGGCCGCGCUGGCGGGCGCCGGCAGCGCCAGCGGGCGGCGCACGCUGUUCGGGGAGCCGCCGCAGGUGCUCAUCCCCGACGGCAUCACGCUGCGCGGCCUGGCGGCGGCGCUGGGCGUGCCGGCGGCGCGGCUGGAGGCCUUCCUUCGGGACCAGCUGGGCGAGGUGGUGCGCAGUGACCUGGAGGAGGUGGCGCCCGAGAGCGCCGAGCUGGCGGCGCUGGAGUUUGGGCGCAUUGGCAUCCGGGCGGCGGCAGCGGAGGCGGCGGCGGCGGCGGCGGACACCUCUGGCCUCGCGCCGCCGCCCGCGCCGCCGCGGCAGCCGGUGGUCACCAUCCUGGGCCACGUGGACCACGGCAAGACCAGCCUGCUGGAUGCGCUGCGCAGCACCAACGUGGCAGCCGGCGAGGCGGGCGGCAUCACGCAGCACAUCGGCGCCUUCGAGGUGCGCCUCAGCACCUCCCUCAGCGCCCCAGCCCCCACCGCCCCCGCGGCCUCGACCUCCUCCGGCUCACCUGCUGCGAGUACGGCAGAAGCGGCAUCAGCAGCAGGUGGAGAGGAGCCUGGCGGCGGCGGCGCCGGCGGCGGCGGCGGCGCCAUCACCUUUGUGGACACGCCCGGUCACGAGGCGUUCAGCGCGAUGCGUGCGCGCGGCGCGGCGGUGACGGACGUGGCAGUGCUGGUGGUGGCGGCGGACGAGGGCGUCAAGCCGCAGACGCGGGAGGCGCUGGCGCACGCGCGCAGUGCCGGGUGCCCGGUGGUGGUGGCGCUCACCAAGUGCGACAAGCCCACGGCCCGGCCCGACUACGUGAAGGUGGUGCACACCAGCGCCACCACUGGCGAGGGCCUGCGGGAGCUUGAGGAGGCGCUGCUGCUGCAGGCGGAGCUGAUGGAGCUGCGGGCGCCUGUCGAGGGCCGCGCCGCCGCCGCCGUCAUUGAGGCCCGUCUGGAGCGGGGGCUGGGGCCGGUGGCCACUGUCAUCGUGAAGCGCGGCACACUGCGGGUGGGAGAUCCUGUGGUGGUGGGCACAGAGUUCGGACGCAUCCGGGCGCUGCGCAGUGACGCCGGCGGCGGCGGUGGCGACGCGGCGGCCGGCGGCGUACGGCCGGGCCAAUACGCGCUGGUGUCGGGUCUGGAGGGUCUGCCACAGGCCGGCGACGAGCUGCUGGUGGUGCCGGACGAGGCGCGGGCGCGGCGGCUGGCGGACGCGCGGCGGCUGCGGGCGGAGGAGUUCCGGCGCGGGCGGCUGGCGGCGGCGCUGCACGCACAGCGCAGUCGCGAGACGGCGGCGCUGGCGGACGAGUACAACAGGCGCCGAGCCAUGAAGGCGGACGUGAUGCGGCUGCUGGCGGAGCGCAAGAAGCACACAGCGCAGAAGCUCAAGGAGCGGGCGGCGGCGCUGCGGGCUGCCGCCACCGCGACAUCAGCCGACGGCGCCGCCGCCGCAGAGGGCGCCGCGGCGGCGGCGCCGCCUGUGGUGCAACCGGGCGCGGUGGCGGCGGCGGCAGCAGCGGCGGCUCCUGCUACAGCCGCUGCCGCGGGCGCGGGCGCGGGCGCGGGCGCUGCUACAGCCAGCCCGGUGCCGGUGGCUCAGCUCAAUCUGGUGGUGAAGGCGGAUGUGCAGGGCACGGUGGAGGCGGUGCUCGCAAUGGUGGAGUCCCUAGCCGCCGAGCAGCAGCAGCUGGCAGCAUCCGGCAGUAGCAGCGGCGCCGCAGCUACAGCCGGCGGCGGCGGCGGCGGCCACGGCUACGUGUCUGUCAAGGUGGUGCACGCGGGCGUGGGCGCGCUACAGCCGUCGGACGUGCACCUGGCUGUAGCAGCGGGGGCGCACGUGGUGCUGUUCAAUGCGCCGCUGGGCAACAAGGUGGAGCAGCUGCUGCGUGACGCCCAGAAGAGCUCGGGCGUGCGGUUGCUGUCCCACAGCGUCGUGUACCACCUCAUGGACGCCAUACGUGGCGAGAUGGAGCGGGCGGCGGCGGCGGCCGCGGCGGGCGGCGGCGCCGCCGGCGGCGGCGCGGCGGAGGUGCUGGCGGAGGUGGGCGACGCCGAGGUGCUGGCCACGUUUGCCCUGAGCGCCACCAAGCUGGUCAAGGACGGGCGCAUCGCGGGAGUGCGUGUGCUGUCUGGCGAGCUGGCGGCGAGCAGUGCCGACCACGUGUGGCGCGUGGUCCGAGGCGGGCAGCUGGUGUGGGAGGGGCCCUGCACCAGCCUGCGCCGCCACAAGGCGGUGGUGGCGGCGGUGGCGGCUGGCUCCGAGUGCGGUGUGGUUCUGGGCGGCGGCCAGUUCAGUGACUUCCAAGUGGGGGACCGGCUGGUGUGCCUGCAGCGGCGGCCGGCGGCGGCAGCGGGCGACAGCAGCUGAGGCGGCGACAGCACCUGAGGCGGCGGCGUGCGUUGCAGUGUCCAGGGUGCAACAGGGAUCUGUGGGGGUUGCCGGUAGAGGUGUGGGGAUUCGUGCGGGGUUGCGUGGGUUACAAGAGGGACCUGCUGACGCAGUUCACGAGCCAGUGACGUGGAAUGAGAUCACCCUGCUCCAGGAACGGCACGUGCCUGGGGACGUGCCGCCGGGAAGGGCCGGGGAAUGCCUGGGGACCGUACCGGGUGUGCGACACGGCGCAUGGGCGCGCUGAAGUUGUCGGGCGUGCGUUUGCUGUGGCGCGUCCGCGUGACGACAAGACUGCGGUAGUGUUUUGACGGUGCCAAAGUGCGGGCCGAGUCAGGCAUAGGUUGGCAGGCAGGCUGGCAGGGUGGCAGGCAGAGCGGCGAAAGUCAGAAUGGAUUGGAUUCAGACCAACGAAGUAGACCCGAGGCAACGCAGCAGUCUAGCAGUCUCCAUGCGGGAUGACCCGUACCAGCACCUGCUUGAAUUGAUACCGGGCGCUGCACCUAGGGCCCAGUCCGGUGCGCCGGCAAAUUUUAACAGCGUGAAAUGGACUUGGCGUCUUGUGGCGUGUUGGCGGCACUCCUGACUACCCAGUACCC